AUUCAGAAAGUAAAAAGGAUAACAAAAAAUUAGCUAAAGAGUUAGGUAGUAAAGAAUUUGACAAUGAAGAAUUAGAUAAUAGAAAAUUGAACAAUAAGUUAUCUGAUAAUUAUUAUGAUAAUAUCAAUCUAACUAAAUUAAAUAAAUUAGA